AUGAUUGGCUCUGUAAUAAUUAUACCACCAACUCCACCAAAUAAAUUAAAAAAAUUACAAUAUUCGAUAUCUGAGCACUAUGUUUCUAAAGAUUUUGAAUCUCCAACAAUAAAUAAUGAACUUUUGGCUCGUGUUAAUGAAACAUUCAUUCUUCUCAAGUCUCUUAAAAAUCCUAUACUUUUUGCUAUAUUAUGA